AGUAAUGAAUCAUACUCGCUGAUCAUAAUAACCAAAUAUCAAAAUUCACAAUAAAGAACAAAACAGUGUUUAGAGAAGAAAACUCUCGUAAUUUAAAGAUUGGACUUUUAAAUACUUUUUACGAAUAGUGAAUAAUAUCUACAGCAAUAACAUCACGAGUAUGUCUGGUUAUCUUUGGGGUAUUGCGCAGCUGGUAAAUGAUCCUUCUAACGAUUUAGUAAAUGCAUUACGCAAAAGUAUUGUAGGGCAGCCACAGCAAGCGGAAAGUGCUAACACACAUAAAGCUACUAAUAACGAAAACGCGGAAGAAAAAGAAUUACAAAAAAGCAUCUCUCUUUCUGCCAGAACUCCUAAAACCUCUGGUGUAAAAGUUAAAGAAGAGACAACGCUUAAAUCAAAAGGUAUUCAAGUAGGACAGCAACCAAAUAAACAUCAUGUUGCUGUACAAAGUCUUGGCCCUACCUAUCCUUGUGAUAGAAAAACAACAAGUGUUCAAUAUAAUAGACAAGUUCCUCUUUUUGACCGAGGCACUAGUACAUUUAUUACGGCAACCACAGAUGCUUACACUGAACCAGUUGAAAAGAAAAUUUGUAAAGAACAUAAAGACGUUAUAUUCAUGCUUAAGAACUGGUCCAUUGAUCAUGGUCAAGAUAGCACAGAUUCUAAUCUUAUCACAAAGUUGAAAAAAAGGAUCAAAGGUUUAAUAAAUUUAUUAAAAAUAGAGAAAAUUCAAAGUAUUCCAGAAUAUUACGGACCAGAGAAACAAAUUAAAAAACUAUAUCAAGAAGCCAGCUGUAAUAAAUUAGAUAAAAAGAAAACAUGAGUUAAUUUUGUCAUAAAUGUUUUCAUUAAGUCCUCUCGUGCGUUAGACCUUAACUACUUCAAAGCAGUUCUUGAUUAACUUGUAUCUUCUGAGUAUUAAAUUGGAAAAAUAGCUUUAUAGUAGGUAUUUCACAUAAAUUGUAUUCAAAAAAGCUUUGAUAUUCUAUAAAGAUUCUAGAAGUAGAUUUCAGUUUUAACAUCUAUCGGCACUCCGAGCACUAUUAAGAUUCACGGGCAGCGGUAAUCACUUAAAAUUAGAUGACCCACCUGCUAUUUUGCUCACUAAUUUUAUGAUAUAAAAUUUAAUACUAUCACGAUGAGACCAAUUUUGUUUGAAUGAAUUAAGUUAUUACAUUGAUCAACACAAUAGUUAAUUUUAGUGUGUUAAGUGUUAAAUCAGCUUUAUGUGUCCUUCACAGACCUAUAAUACUUGAUUCUCCCUU